CAGUGACUAAUUUCAGGAUAUCGAAAAUCAUGGAAUUGAUGAUUCCGAUAGCUGGUUUUACAGAUCACGCGUCAUAAUUAUCGCAGCGUAUAACUGCAAGUUUAGCAUUCAAAGUACAAUUGUGCUCGUAUGAAAUGUAUAAAAUGAACGUAUUAUCGUGUUGGAUAUUAAUUAGUGUAUUGGAAUUAGUAACAGCAGAAUGGAACACAAAAGACUAUAUGAAACGAGAACAUUGUUUGAUCAGACCAUAUCAAGGGUCUGGAAUGACAAUACCUUAUUGGGAUUUUAUGGGUAGUACAAUGGUUACGAAUAACUAUGUAAGAUUAACUCCAGACUCACAAAGUAAACAGGGUGCCAUAUGGAAUUCUGUUCCAUGUCAUGUAAGAAAUUGGGAGCUCCAAGUUCAUUUUAAAGUUCAUGGAAAAGGAAAAGAUUUAUUUGGUGAUGGUUUUGUGAUUUGGUACGCAAGAGAAAGGAUGAAAACGGGUCCUGUUUUUGGUAAUCAAGACUAUUUCCAAGGAUUAGCUAUAAUUUUGGAUACAUAUAGCAAUCACAAUGGUCCACACAAUCAUCAACAUCCUUAUAUUUCUGCUAUGGUCAAUAAUGGUUCUUUGCAUUAUGAUCAUGAUCGCGAUGGAACACAUACACAAAUUGCAGGUUGUGAAGCAAACUUUCGAAAUUUAGAACAUGAUACACAUAUUAGUAUGAGAUAUGAAAGGGAUACAUUAACUGUUUCCACAGACUUUUCAAACAAAGCUGCCUGGAAAGAGUGCUUUUCUGUAAAAGAUAUAAAGCUGCCUACAGGAUAUUAUUUUGGAAUUUCUGCAACAACCGGAGACUUAUCCGAUAAUCAUGAUAUUUUAUCUAUUCGUUUAUUUGAAUUAGAUUUACCAGAUGAUCCAAGAGAUCAAGAAGAUAGAUCCAAUAUUCUACCAUCGGCUGCAUAUUUUGAUGCACCUCGCGAACACGUGGAUGAUCCAAAACAAUCUGCAUUAAGUAAAAUAAUGUUUUUCCUUUUAAUGCUCGUAGUAGCGAUCGCAUUAAUUGCCUGUGUGGUAAUAGGUAUAAUGUGGUAUCAGAAGCAUCAAGAAAACAGUAGGAAACGUUUUUAUUAAAUCACAGUGCGUUAUAUAUAAACUAUUUUACUUUUGGAUUUCUCGUUUCUAUCGGAUAUUCUUUCUAUAUAAAAAAAAAAAAAAAAACAUGAUGUAGUCAUAACGUGUUCAUAAGACUGUUUCUCUUAAUAUUAGAAUAACAAACACAAUAUCCAUACAUAUUAUCUCUGAUUUUGAGAAUAUCGUUCCAGAGGUAUUUUGAUGAAAAAACAACAGCAAAGGAUCGUAAUAAUAUAUAAGUGAUUACUGCAAUCAUAAGACGUGUUGAAUUAUGCUAUCUGCUAUUCUAGCUUCAAUAAUGUUUAUCAUGAACAAUACAAAGUUCCUUUACCAAAGUUUUUAUGUCAUUGUCUCAGUUGCUGCAAUGCAUUUUUUAUAGAAAUAAGUUUAAUUAUUCGUAUAAGAAUUAAACAUACCGAUUUUAUCUUUCAAAUGAAUUUUAGUUUGGAAAUACAGUAAUUACAAUAAUUUAAUCACAGGAGACAAAAGUAAAUGAAUAAAUUCUUUGAAGUAAUAUCACAAUUCACAUCGUUACUGCGAAACAUCGUACAUAAAUACAAUAUUAUGAAUAGCAAAACGAAUUUCAGAAAGAAUUAUUACUUUCUACAAAAGCGUUCUUCCUCGCUUUAACCUAUCUUUAUAUCUGUGGAUUCGGUAUGAUUGAAAUGACUUUAUUGAUGUAGAUUUUAUAUUUGUACAUAAAAAAGCAACAUUAUCAAUAUCUGAGAUUAGAGUGAUUUCGUGUUGUACAACUCGGUUUUAUACAAAAGAUAAAGGGAACCAAAAUCUCCAAGUAAACAAUUGUUAAGAAACGUAAUGUUAUUAUUCGUGAAAAUAAUGUACUUCAUUUGUUGCCAAAUACGAAAAAUAAAUACAUACUAAAUCGUGUAAAAAAACAAUUAUCUUAGAAAAAACAUAAAAAAUUAUAAAUAAAAACAAAUAUGUA